AUGGAAACAGAGCAUUUUCCUCCUAUCCAACCGGCCACCGUGUUUGACGCCUUCCAUGCUGUAGAUGCGUUCCGGUAUAUGCAAAGUGGCCAACACAUGGGCAAGCUGGUGAUUGACAUAUCCGCAAAUCUAAGUGAACUGCCGAGUCAGAAACUGAUAUCAGGGAACUUUUCACCAGAGAAGUCCUAUCUUCUUGUGGGCGGCCUUGGUGGUAUUGGACGUGCUAUUUCAGUGUGGACGGUAGAUAAUGGUGCCCGCCAUCUAGUUUACCUUUCACGAUCAGCAGGACAGUCAGCCGAUGACCAAAACUUCAUACAGGAACUACGAACAAUGGGUUGCAAUGUUGCGUGCGUGAGAGGAAAUGUUACUAAUAUGUUGGACGUACAAGGGGCCAUUGCUAUGUGCCCCAAGCCCCUCUCUGGUGUUAUCCAGCUAUCGCUGGCACUCGACCGCUUGUAUAAGUAUAUGAGCUAUGAGGACUGGUUAGCUGUUCUGGAGCCCAAAGUGACUGGAACCUGGAACCUUCAUGAAGCAACGAAAGACAUAGACCUCGAUUUAUUUGUUCUUUUCAGUUCUGGCAGCGGAUUUGUAGGAAAUACCGGCCAGGCCAAUUACGCCGCUGCAUUCACCUUUCUUGACAGCUUCAAUCAGUGCCGCCGCCAGCUUGGCCUGUCUUCCUCAGUGCUAGACGUUGGCGCAGUUCGGGACGUUGGCUUGAUCAGCCGUGAUCCCCAACUGCUACACAUGUUACGUACUUCAAUAUGUCUCUCGCUAUCCGAACGCGAUGUCGUUGCUGACCUACAACUGGCCAUAUCACGCUCAAGAAUAGUCGAUUCGCCCACGCAAACGCCGGUGUCCCAAGUAAUUUUGGGUUUUGGGUUUACAGAAAAGGUCGAAGAACAGGUUGUCGACCGUUUCUAUCAGGGAGAUGCACGCUAUGCCCUCCACCUCAAGUACCACAAGAAAGUGGCCGCUGGCUCCAACAACGACGGUCCCAACAUUCGAAUAAGACGACUUUUAUCCGAUAUUAAAUCGGAUCACACUCUACUUGAUAACGAGGAAAUCAAGACUAAAGUGAAACAAGAGUUGCUAAAUGUGAUCGCGAUGCACCUUCCUGGAGGCGAGGACAAAGAUGAGGACGGAGUCUGUAACAUGACUAUAGAUUCCCUUAUGGCCAUUGAGCUCCGAGCUUGGAUUCGCCGCUCCACAGAUUUAGACUUCAGUGUUCUCGAAAUCUCGAAGUUGGGCACCCUUGGGACUCUAUGUGACCAGGUAGUCGAGCGUCUCCGAGAGAAGCUCAAGCCUCAAGAAGCGACUGAUAGUUAUGAGCAGUCACCGGAUGUGGACAACAACAUUAUCAACUGA